CGCAAGAGAGGAUAUCGAAGGUCGUCCUCGACAACUCUCUCAAAAAGUCGGUUUCUUCCCUCUACUAAGCAAACUGUAGCAACUUUCUCUCUCUAUACUCUCUAUAUUAGUCCGGAGACUAUUUCUGUCUUUAUUGGAGACUUGGAGUCGCAACCCGCAAGAGAGAGUAUCGAAGGUCGUCCUCAACAACUCUCUCAAAAAGUCGUUGAGGAAGACAAGUAUCAUGUUCUUCCCUCUACUAAGCAAACUGUAGCAACUUUCUCUCUCUAUAAUCUCUAUAUCAAGCAAACCAAGUAGGAGUAUUUGUUUAUGUGAAAGAGGGAUAUGUGUUUUCUCUUUUAAAUCCAAACAUUGAAGUCAAUUUUGAGGAUUGAUCUAGAGAAUUAAUUCAAUGUGAGAACAACCACGAUAAUAUUUUCGUUUAGGUCUGCAAUAUGUUACUCUAUGUGGUACUCUCUUUGCUCCGACUCGCAAGAUCCUCCAUUGUGGAAAGGUAAAAAUAUUUUUAAUCUAUGAACCAAACAAAUUCAAUAACAUGAAGUUUUGAAGAAUCAAGAACAUCAAGGGCAAAUACAAAUUUUGCCAAAAAUCUACACCAUUUUGCACCAUUUUAUAAAUAGAGAGAGUGAGGGUUCUUAUUUUAAUUCAAAUUUGGAAGUUAAAUGGCGGCGUGAGAGAUUUUAUUUUCCUUAAUGCAUAAAAGCCACUGAAUUGGGAUGCGAGAGAGUCGGUGUCAACCGACUCGGUCCAUAAGAUACACCCUCUUGAUCAGGACUUUUGAGUCAGAUUUCUCCUUAUAUUGGAGACUUUGGUGUCGCAACUGGGAAGAUUUGUAAGAGGGAAGAAAAUGGCUGUGGGCAUGGAGGAGACAGUGAAGCCUCGUAACGACAACAGGGAGUAUCGAAGGAUCGUCCUCAAGAACUCUCUCGAAGUCCUGCUUAUCAGUGAUCCUGAUACCGAUAAGAGUGCUGCUGCCAUGGAUGUCGGUGUUGGUUCUUUUAGCGAUCCCGAGGGUCUCGAAGGCCUUGCUCAUUUUCUUGAGCAUAUGCUGUUUUACGCAAGCGAAAAGUAUCCUUUGGAGGAUAGUUACUGUAAAUACAUCACGGAGCAUGGAGGUAGCACAAAUGCUUUUACAGCUUCUGAGCAUACUGACUAUCACUUUGAUGUUAACAACGACUGUUUCGAAGAGGCCUUGGACAGAUUUGCACAGUUCUUUGUCAAACCAUUGAUGUCACCUGAUGCAACCAUGAGGGAAAUAAAAGCAGUUGAUUCUGAGAACCAAAAGAAUUUGCUGUCUGAUCCUUGGAGAAUGAACCAGCUUCAGAAACAUAUGAGUGCAGAAGGACAUCCAUAUCAUAAAUUCAGUACAGGUAACUGGGAUACUUUGGAGGUACGGCCAAAAGCAAGAGGAGUGGAUACUAGACUUGAGCUUCUCAAAUUCUAUGAAGAGAAUUAUUCUGCCAACCUUAUGCGUCUGGUCAUAUAUGCCAAAGAGAGUCUAGAUAAAACUCAAACCUUGGUGGAGAACAAAUUCCAAGAAAUCCGAAAUACUGAUCGAAGUUCUAGCCGUUUUCCUGGUCAGCCUUGCACAUCAGAGCAUCUUCAGAUUCUUGUCAAAGCUGUCCCAAUAAAACAAGGUCACAAGUUGAGAAUUAUAUGGCCAACAACUCCAGACAUUCACCAUUACAAGGAGGGUGCAAGCAGGUAUCUUGGCCACUUAAUUGGCCAUGAAGGAGAAGGAUCUGUGUUUUAUGUAUUGAAAACUUUGGGUUGGGCAACAAGUUUAUCUGCUGGUGAAUCGGAUUGGAAUUUUGAUUACUCUUUCUUUAAAGUAGUUAUUGAUCUGACUGAUUCUGGGCACGAGCAUGUCGAAGAUAUUGUGGCACUGCUAUUCAAAUAUAUUCAACUCCUGCAACAGUCUGGUGUUUGCAAAUGGAUAUUUGAUGAGCUUUCAGCCAUUUGUGAAACAGCCUUCCAUUAUCAGGACAAAAGUCGUCCUAUUGAUUACGUGGUUACUGUUGCAUCAAAUAUGAAGCUUUAUCCCCCAAAAGAUUGGCUGGUGAGAUCAUCCUUGCCAUCUAAAUUCAACCCAGACAUAAUCCAGUCGUUACUAAAUGAGCUUACCCAAGACAGUGUCAGGAUUUUUUGGGAGUCAACAAAGUUUGAAGGACAUACUGACAUGACUGAGCCAUGGUAUGGAACUGCAUAUUCCAUUGAGAGAAUAACUGCUUCCAUGAUUCAGCAAUGGAUAGAAGCAGCUCCUGAUGAACAUCUACAUCUACCAGCUCCCAAUGUGUUCAUUCCCACCGAUUUGUCUCUUAAGAAUGUUCUUGAGAAGGCAAAACUUCCUCAUCUUUUAAGGAAAUCAUCCUAUUCAAGAUUGUGGUACAAGCCUGAUACAACAUUUUCCACUCCCAAGGCAUAUGUUAAGAUAGAUUUCAACUGUCCACAUGCCGGAAACUCCCCUGAGGCAGUAGUUCUUACUGACAUAUAUACACGUUUGUUGAUGGAUUAUUUGAAUGAAUAUGCUUAUUAUGCUCAGAUUGCUGGUCUUUAUUAUGGAAUAAAUAACACUGAUAACGGUUUUCAGGUGACUGUGGUCGGAUAUAAUCACAAAUUGAGAAUCUUGCUGGAAAAGGUAAUUGAAAAAAUUGCAAAACUCGAAGUGAAGCCCAAUAGGUUUUCGGUGAUCAAGGAAAUGGUCACAAAGGAGUAUCAAAAUUUCAAAUUUCAGCAGCCAUAUCAGCAGGCUAUGUACUACUGCUCUUUAAUACUACAGGAUCAAACAUGGCCUUUGAAUGAUGAACUUGAAGUUCUUCCCCAUCUUGAAGCUGAUAAUCUUGUUAAAUUUGCCCCUCUUAUGCUCUCAAGGACAUUCUUGGAGUGUUAUGUAGCAGGUAAUAUUGAACCACAUGAAGCAGAGUCGAUGAUCCAGCAUGUUGAAGAUAUUUUCUUUAAGGAUCCGCAGCCCGUAUCCCAAGCUCUAUAUCCAUCUCAGCAUUUGACAAAUAGAGUUAUUAAGCUUGAUAGGGGCACAAGUUUCUUCUACCCUGCCGAAGGACUAAAUCCAAGUGAUGAGAACUCUGCCCUUGUCCACUAUAUUCAGGUUAAUCAGGAUGAUUUCAUGCUGAAUGUUAAGCUCCAGCUUUUUGCUCUGAUUGCAAAGCAACCUGCCUUUCACCAGCUUAGAUCAGUUGAGCAACUUGGUUACAUCACUGUGCUCAUGCAAAGGAAUGAUUCUGGUAUUCGGGGGCUACAGUUUAUUAUUCAAUCCACAGUAAAGGGUCCUAGACAUAUUGAUCUGAGAGUGCAUGCAUUUCUCAAGAUGUUUGAGACUAAACUUUAUGAGAUGUCCAAUGAUGAAUUCAAGAGCAAUGUUAAUGCACUGAUCGAUAUGAAGCUUGAGAAGCACAAAAAUCUAAGGGAAGAAUCUGGAUUUUACUGGCGAGAAAUUUCUGAUGGUACCCUCAAAUUUGAUAGGAGAGAGUGUGAGGUUGCAGCAUUAAAGCAGCUGACUCAAAAGGAAUUAAUAGAUUUCUUUAAUGAAUAUGUAAAAGUUGGUGCUCCUGGAAGGAAAACACUAAGUGUACAAGUGUAUGGGAACUUACAUUCUUCGGAGUUUAAAACCGACAAGAGUGAACCAGCUGAAACCAACUUUGUUCAGAUAGAAGACAUUUUCAGUUUCAAGAGAUCACAACCACUUUAUGGUUCAUUUAAAGGAGGAUUUGGUCAUAUGAAACUGUAAGAGUUGAAUCUUUGUUGGUGGUGCAUAAAACAGAAACUGAAGAUGGAAUUUCAAAAUCCCAACUGGUUGAUAUCUCGAUCGUGAAUAUUGUCAGAGGUUGGAUAUUCCAUAACAGCGACUGUUCAAUGCAUAUAGUCUCCUAAAUUAUCUCCUGCUGCUAUUGAUUUGUCAUAUCAUUAAUUUAUUAUUAUGUAAUAAAUCAAUAAUAAUUAUGUGGAAACUCUCUCUCUCUCUCUCUCGUUUGUUAAUUUCUAUUAUAGAUGGUGUUGGAUUAAGGCGGUUAUGUCCUUAUCCAACUUCGUAUGAAAAUAUCGUGUUUAUCACA